AUGAUGAGAGGAUGGGUCCUGCUCCUGUGCACGCUGCUGUGUGGCCUGGCUGGACCCUCGCAGCUAUUCCAGCCCAGCCUGGUGCUGGACAUGGCCAAGGUCCUCUUGGAUAACUACUGCUUUCCUGAGAACCUCAUGGGGAUGCAGGCGGCCAUCGAAGAGGCCAUGAAGAGCCAGGAGAUUCUGAGCAUCUCUGAUCCCCAGACUCUGGCACAGGUGCUCACAGCUGGGGUACAGGGCUCCCUCAAUGACCCGCGCCUUGUCAUCUCCUAUGAGCCCAGCAACCUGGAGGAGGUGCCUCGGCAGGCCCCGGCACUCAGCAACCUGACCCAUGAGGAGUUGCUGGCCUGGCUGCAGAAGAGUGUGCGCCACGAGGUCCUGGAGCACAACGUGGGCUACCUGCGGGUAGACGACCUCCCAGGCCAGGAGGUGCUGAGCAAGCUGGGUGGCUUCCUGGUGACUCACGUCUGGAGACAGCUCAUGGACACAUCCUCCCUCGUGUUGGAUCUCCGGCACUGUACUGGGGGCCACGUCUCUGGCAUCCCCUAUGUCAUCUCCUAUCUGCACCCAGAAAACACGGUCCUACACGUGGAUACCAUCUACGACCGCCCUUCCAACACCACCACGGAGAUCUGGACCCUGCCUCAGGUGCUGGGAGGGCGGUACAGCACCGACAAGGACGUGGUGAUCCUGACCAGUGGCCGUACAGGGGGUGUGGCUGAGGACAUUGCUUAUAUCCUCAAGCAGAUGCGCAGGGCCAUCGUGGUGGGCGAACGCACAGUGGGAGGGGCCUUGGACCUGCAGAAGCUGCGUAUAGGUCAGUCCAACUUCUUCCUCACUGUUCCCGUGUCCAGAUCCCUGGGGCCCCUGGGCGGGGGCAGCCAGACGUGGGAGGGCAGCGGAGUGUUACCCUGCGUGGGGACACCAGCCGAGCAAGCCCUGGAGAAAGCCCUGGCCAUCCUCACCCUGCGCCGUGCCCUGCCCGGCAUGCUCCAUCGCCUGCAGGAAGCUCUACGGGAAUACUAUACACUGGUGGACCGCGUGCCAGCUUUGCUGCAGCACCUGACCACCAUGGACUUCUCAGCAGUGGUCUCUGAAGAAGACCUGGUUUCCAAGCUGAACGCUGGGCUGCAGUCUGUGUCGGAGGACCCUAGGCUCCUGGUGCGCACUGUGGGAACCAAAGAAAACACUCCUGGGCUCGAGGUGGCUGGAGCAGAGGACCCUCUGGAAGCAGCCCCCACUGUGCCUGAGGGCGAGGUCGCCCGGCAGGUGCUGGUAGACUCUGUGUUCCAGGUGGCAGUGCUGCCUGGCAACGUGGGCUACCUGCGAUUCGACAGGUUCGCUGACGCCUCUGUGCUGGAGGCCCUGGGGCCCUACGUGGUGCGCCAGGCAUGGGCACCGCUUCAGGAUACCGAACACCUCAUCAUGGACCUACGCCACAACCCAGGCGGGCCAUCCUCUGCCGUGCCCCUGCUGCUCUCCUACUUCCAGGGCCCCGAGGACAGCCCCGUGCGCCUCUUUACCACCUACAACCGCCGCACCAACAUCACACAGGAGCAUCUGAGCCACAAGACACUCCUGGGCCCACGCUAUGGCCACCAGCGAGGGGUGUACCUGCUCACCAGCCACCGCACCGCCACGGCUGCUGAGGAGUUCGCCUUCCUCAUGCAGUCGCUGGGCUGGGCCACGCUGGUGGGUGAGAUCACGGCAGGCAAUCUGCUGCACACAUGCACGGUGCCACUGCUGGACACGCCCCAGGGUGGCUUGGUGCUGAUCGUGCCCGUGCUCACGUUCAUCGACAACCACGGCGAGAGCUGGCUGGGUGGCGGUGUGGUGCCUGAUGCCAUUGUACUAGCUGAGGAGGCCCUGGACAAAGCCCAGGAGGUACUAGAAUUCCACCGUAGCCUGGGCACCCUGGUGGAGGGCACAGGGCACCUGCUGGAGGCUCAUUAUGCAAGGCCUGAGGUGGUGGGGCAGACCAGCGCCCUGUUGCAAGCUAAGCUGGCCCAAGGUGCCUACCGCACUGCUGUGGACCUGGAGUCGCUGGCCUCGCAGCUCACAGCCGACCUGCAGGAGAUGUCCGGGGACCACCGCCUGCUCAUGUUCCACAGCCCCGGGGAGCUGGUGGCUGAGGAGGUGCCCAUGCCUCCCCCCGCCGUCCCCUCCUCAGAAGAGCUCUCCUACCUCAUCGAGGCCCUGUUCAAGACCGACGUGUUGCCUGGCCGGCUGGGCUACUUGCGUUUCGAUGCUAUGGCCGAGCUGGAGACGGUGAAGGUCAUUGGGCCACAGCUGGUACAGCUGGUGUGGCAGGGGCUGGUGGACACGGCGGCACUGGUGGUGGACCUGCGCUACAAUCCUGGCAGCUACUCCUCAGCCGUGCCGCUGCUCUGUUCCUAUUUCUUUGAUGCUGAGCCCCGCCAACACCUCUAUUCCAUUUUCGACCGGGCCACCUCCCAGGUGGCUGAGGUGUGGACCCUGCCCCAGGUGGCCGGCCAACGCUACAGCCCCCAGAAGGACCUCUACAUCCUCAUGAGCCACAACAGUGGCUCAGCCGCUGAGGCCUUUGCCCACACCAUGCAGGACCUGCAGCGGGCCACAGUCAUUGGCGAGCCCACAGCAGGAGGGGCACUCGCUGUGGGCAUCUACCAGGUGGGCAGCAGCUCCCUGUAUGCCUCUAUGCCCACCCAGGUGGCUCUGAGUGCCACCACCGGUGAGGCCUGGGACCUGGCAGGCGUGGAGCCUGACGUCACAGCCCCCAUGAGCGAGGCCCUCUCCACGGCCCAAGACAUAGUGGCCCUGCGUGCCAAGGUGCCCACAGUGCUGCAGACAGCCGGGAAGCUGGUGGCCGACAACUAUGCCUCCCCAGAGCUGGGAGCCCAGAUGGCUGCCAAGCUGAGUGGCCUGCAGAGCCAUUACUCCAGGGUGACCUCAGAAGCUGCUCUGGCUGAGAUGCUGGGGGCUGACUUGCAGAUGCUCUCAGGGGACCCGCACUUGAAGACAGCCCACAUCCCUGAGGAUGCCAAGGAUCGCAUUCCAGCAAUUGUGCCCAUGCAGAUCCCCUCCCCAGAAGUCUUUGAGGAUCUCAUCAAGUUCUCCUUCCACACCAAUGUGCUGGAGCACAACAUUGGCUACCUGCGCUUCGACAUGUUCGGGGACUGCGAGCUGCUUACCCAGGUCUCUGAGCUGCUGGUGGAACACAUCUGGAAGAAGAUCGUACACACCGAUGCUGUGAUCCUUGACAUGAGGUUCAACAUCGGUGGCCCCACCUCUUCCAUCUCUGCCCUGUGCUCCUAUUUCUUUGAUGAGGGUGCCCCAGUUCUGUUGGACAAAAUCUACAGCCGUCCCAAUGACUCCAUCAGUGAACUCUGGACCCACACUCGGCUCAUAGGGGAACGCUAUGGCUCCAAGAAGAGCCUGGUCAUUCUGACCAGCAGCUUGACGGCCGGAGCUGCAGAGGAGUUCACCUACAUCAUGAAGAGGCUUGGCCGGGCCCUGGUCAUCGGCGAGGUGACCAGCGGGGGUUGCCAGCCGCCGCAGACCUAUCACGUGGACGACACCCAUCUCUACAUCACCAUCCCCACAGCGCGCUCUGUGGGGGCCGCCGAUGGCAGUUCCUGGGAAGGGGUGGGUGUGACUCCCCACGUGGCUGUUCCUGCAGACAUGGCUCUCGUCAAAGCCAAGGAGAUGCUGCAGCGCAGCCUGGCCAGGGAGAGGCAGAGCCCCAGCCCAUAG